AUGACUCAGCGGAUUGACCUCGGCAUUCGCAGCGGCGGCCGUCGAUCUGUAUACACGCAGUGUUCGAUUGCAGCUACGAGUCGGGCACCAGACAGUCGAAAUGCCAAAUCGGAUAGCUCUCGAAGAGGUUCAUUAGAAUCCCCAAAACGUUUUGAGAAAGGUGUCAAGAUCCAUGCACCAAUCUUAGGCUGGCUGAAGUUCCCGGAGUUCUCGUAUCACACAAUUCCGGUCUUUAAGAGGUGUAAGCCACUACCGCGGCGGAAGCUUGGAGCAGGUGCAGUGAUCGAAGAGACCUGGAUUCUGUUGAUAUGCACGUCCCGUACAUUUACAUCUACAGCACUCUGUACAUUACAAUCUGUUCGCUGCCAAAGGGCUCAUCGAUUGCCUCAACAUUCAUCGGUCGCCAGGCUAUUGCUGCUAAACAUGUGUAAGAGAAUGCAUCCACAGCCACCAACCCAUAGCUUGACGAAGUGCCGCGUCGGCGAAGGAUUUAUCGGAGAAAAGGAAAACAGACUAGACGGCGACACAUGCAAGUGUCCCGUUCCAGUUUUCGCGGUGCGGGCGUGUCUCGAACAUCGACUCCAGAAGCGGGGAAAACGUCAGUCAGGCGGAGGCUUCGGGAUAUGCCAGAAGCUGGAUCUGUUCACAAACGACAUGCGGCACGACGAUAAUUCGCCGGAUUAUGCAAAAGGGAUGGCGGGGAUCAACACAGACAGUUCUCCAGGCACCGAGGCGCAACAUUGCCGAUAUGAAACAGGAGGCGUCACCCGUCGCCUCUGUGAGGUGAGCACUGAUGCUGACGGCCUGGUGGUAUAUAACAAUCCAGACUCAGCAAGUGAUGAGUUUAAGCCUUCCGCUAGCAGGGGCAGCGGUCGACGGGCGUCCGCUUCCCAAACUCAAACCCACCCAAAACCCAACGCAAGGUUGCUGACAACUGAUAUAUCAGAAUCGUCUUGCGGAGAAACUUGCGGAGAAACUACACAGCAAGCAGAUGCGACAAAUAGGUAA